AAGAGGAUUCACAAAUGGAUCUUAAUGUAAUUAUUAACCUUUCAGAUCGAAUUGACGAAUUAGGAAAUAACAUUGAUGAAUCACAUACAAGCCUAAUAGCAAUUGAAAUUGUAAAGCUCUGUGAAAAAGGUGAUGGAUACUCUUAUGUUUAUC